ACAUGCAAAACUGUGUGCAGUAUUUCACCCGCAGAGAGAAACUGUGGUUCAUACCCACUGUGCUCCUCCUCAGCGAGAAGUUACUCACCCUGUCUGGCUCUCCCUCCUCUGUUCGACUGCAUCCCCACACAGAUGAUCCAUUUAUCACCCAACCUGAAGCUGAUCUUUUAGCCACACUGCAGCCACACCAUGAGCAUGCGGAAACUGAGUUUCAAGUGGCUUGGCAGCCUCACCAACCUCUCUUUUCGCCGCUCUAGUGACAAAUCUGACUCCAAGUCUUCUAAGUUGAAGUCAGAAGGUUUACCUGGAGAUGGCAGUGACAGUGCUACUGUCUCCACAAAGAUCCUGGCUCCAGUUGCUGAGACAACAGUGGAUGACUUGGGUGCCAUGCGUCCUCGCACAGCCAGCUACGUCCGCUCCAGCGAGAGCUACACACACGUGGGCACACUGCCACGGCUACUGAGGAUGAAGAGGGACAAGAGUAAUAAGGGAGGCCCCAGCAGCAGUAAGAAGAGUAAAGACAAGAGCAACAUCAGCAGAAGUCAAAGCCAGCGACCUGUACAGGACAAAGACCAUGCCCCCCCGAGGAUCACAGCCGCCUCAUUCAAAGAGACCAGAGAUGAAGCUGCAGGUAAAGCUGACACUAGGCCCGACCAACACUCUCUCACUGAUCCCAAGAUGCAGCUCAAACCAACAGAUGAACUUGAUGUCAAGACCACCCAAAACGUCACCUCUGAAUCCGAAGGUGUCUGUGAAGAUGUGUCGCCAUCUGGUGGCCCCAGCGCUACACUCCAGCCGGAGACUUGCAAAGAGCAAGAAAUCACCCAGGCAGCUGCAGACCUGAACCCUGAGAAAAUGUCAUCACCUCCACCGAGUCAUGAGAGUGAUCACACUGAGAGUCAUGAGGAUGAUGGGUUAGAGUCUGGACUUGUAAAAACAAAGACAGUAGAAACAGUAGAGGACAACUCAGAGCACACAGAGGUGACCAAAGGACCAGAUGGAAACCAAAACUCUGACAGCAUCAACAGCCACAUGGAGCCAGCAGAAAGCCAGGCUGACUAUGUCCAGUUCUCCAAGGAGAAGUACCUGCUGGAGUCUCCUCCCGAGAAACUUCGCAAGGAGCUGGAGGAGGAGCUGAAACUGAGCCCUGCUGACAUCAGGAGCCAUGGCUGGUACCAUGGACACAUACCCAGAGAGGUGUCAGAGACUCUGGUUUUGCGAAAUGGAGAUUUCUUGGUGCGUGACUCUCUGACCAGCGUGGGUGACUAUGUUCUGACCUGUCGAUGGAAUAACGAGGUGCUGCACUUCAAGAUUAGCAAAGUCCUGGUCAAAUCCAAUGAGACCAAGGUGCAGUACAUGUUGGAGACUGACAGUUUCGACUCGGUCCAAGAGCUUGUUCGCUUCUACGUGGGCCAGCGCAAACCGGUCUCCCAGUCCAACGGCGUCCACAUCUACUGUCCAGUCAGCAGGACUCUCCCUCUGCGCUACCUGGAGGCCACCUUUUCACUGUCCAACAGCAAGCAAGGCUCCGCCUACUCGCCGUCCAGUCAGAGGGGGGCGUACAUCAAGAGACGGAGCGUCACCAUGACUGAUGGGCUGACCACAGAGAAAAUGAUACCUCACAGCCCGUCGACAAUCCACCACCACAAAGACGCAAUGCGGAACUGUGCGAUGAGCAUGGACCAGAUUCAGGAGUAUCGCUGCCCUUUGUCACCUGUUGGAGAAACCCCGCUGUCUCCUGCGUAUAGUGCUAUCACCAGGCAGAGAGCCCACUCAGGUGGACGGGUCCUGGCCGUCGUCCCACCCUCCCCUGUGAUGCGGCGCUCCAGCGACCCCCAGCUCAGCCCCUCGGCUGGCAACAACCCCCCAGAGCAUCCCGCGCAUACCACGCACUCGGCCCACUCCUCGCCCGCCCAUCAUCCCGGCUACCAAUCACAUUCCUCAGAAACAGCAGGGAGCUACUGUGACCUCAGACCUUGCCCUGCCGGGCCCCCCAAGCCCCCGGCUAAGAGCUACGUGGAGCGGUUGCGAGUCGAGGAAGGGAGGGAGGAGGGAGCGAGGGAGGAAGGAGAGGGGAUGUUCUGCGCCCCACAAGUGGAGACAGCAUCUUCAUUCAAACCAUCCAGGUACGAGUCUUGCCUCAUGCCGGCCGAGAAUAAGCCCCUGGAGAUGUCGGUGCUGAAGAGAGUCAAAGAGCUGCUGGCUGAGGUGGAUGCAAGGACUGCAGCUAAACACAUCACCAUGGUGGACUGCUCGGUGGCUAGAAUAUUGGGCGUAACUUCAGAGAUGCAAAGGAUGAUGGGAGUUUCCUCAGGGCUGGAGUUACUGACACUUCCACAUGGACACCAGCUGAGACUUGACCUACUGGAGAGGUUUUACACCAUGUCUAUCAUGAUGGCAGUGGACCUGCUUGGCUGCACAGGAAGCACGGAGGAGAGGGCGGCCCUGCUCCAUAAGACCAUCCAAUUAGCAGCUGAGCUGAAAAGCAACCUGGGCAACAUGUUUGGCUUUGCUGCUGUCAUGAGAGCCCUGGAGCUGCCGCAGAUUUCCCGCCUGGAGCAGACGUGGGUGACGUUACGGCAAAGACAUACAGAGGGUGCUAUUUUAUACGAGAAGAAACUCAAACCUUUCAUGAAGAAUAUGAACGAUGGCAAAGAGUCCAGUGUUCUGUCCAACACCUCCUUCCCCCACAUCAUUCCCGUCCUGUCCCUUCUGGAGCGAGGGGUGGCUCUCGGGGAGGCGUUGGAGCCAUGGGAGAGCGCAGAGGUCGGCGUGGACGUGGUCAUGUACCACCUAGAGGCAGCUCGUACCGUCGCGCAUCACGGGGGAAUCUACAGAACCAACGCUGAGACCAAACUGCAAGGAGUCCAGGAGCGGGCAGAAAUCCACGAGAUCUUCCAGACGGAGUUCCAGAUGCGUCUCCUGUGGGGCAGCCGUGGCUCCGAGGGCAGCCAGUCGGAGCGCUACGAGAAGUUUGACAAGGUCCUCACCGCCCUGUCGCACAAGCUAGAGCCUCCUGUGCGCCACAGCGAGCUAUAGCACCCACCCAAACGCCCACCAUGGAAAAAACACAUCAUCUGCACUCGCCACUCAUAGUGGUACGGUCUUGUUUUGCAUCGCUGAGGAUGAUGUGGAAGAGUCCAGUAUGAACGCUGGGAGGGGUGAGAGCAAACGAAGAGGCAGCUAAAGGAGCAUGUGCAUUGAGCACUAGGAAUACAGAGAAGAUGGUUACUCACUUACAUGUGUUGCACUGACUGUGGACUCUAGAAGAAGGUGUAGAGUUCCUUCUGUUCCUCCCUGUGGACUUCCUCACUUAGCGCUAAAAUAUUUAAAUGGCAACAACAGAGGAGACAAGCUAAGUAGAAAAGAAUAUGGGAGAGACGGGUGACCCGCUCCUCUGCUUGGUAUGAACAGUAAUAUGUGUACGGUGUGCCCUGAGGGCCAAACAGAGCUGCAGAGUUUGGCUUUACUCCAGUAAAACACGGACACUCUCUUGUUUCAAACAACUGCUGUCACACACUGUAGCAGAAAUAACAACAAUAACUUAACAUAGCUCAUAUAUAGAUGUUUUGUCAGUGUGAAUGAGUGUGUGUGUCUGUAUGCAUAUGUACGUAUGUUUACAUUCCUUAAUUUUUGUGUCAUUAAUGUGUUGGGGGUUUGUUUUUUUUUUUUUUUUGUCUUAUUUAUUUGUUAUGAUAAAAGGAUAUCAGAACAUUACGGACGUUGCUUCACCAAACUCAUGAGAAUGUGUCAGUGCUCAUUCCGAGGGAACCAUGUUCAUAAAAUCUCAUUAAAUAUGUAUCAAGCAGUCCCAUUGAAUACCAUUAAAAAUGUAUCAGGCAUGCAUUAAUAAAUGUAUCAGAAAUGAAACAUUUGCAAAAGUAAUGCUGCAACUUCAAUAUGAGGGCUUUGCGGGUUGUUAAAAACAUUAAGAGGACAAAGCAAACCUCCCUCUGUUGUAGCUGUUCAACUAAUACAUUUGAUAUUGUGUGUGCACAAACUGUAGCUAAACACAAGCAUUUUUGAGGUCGAGGAAAAAUGAGAUGUAUACUCUUUAAAUCUAGUUAAAGCAAUGUUUCACUUAGUAUAGAAACAUUUAUGAUACAUGCUUUGGUUUGAGCUUCAGCAGUCUGGAGCUGCAGUUUAUAAAUUUACAGACAUAAUUAAAAUGGUUGAUGCAUGCAGCAAUAAAUGUUGCACCAAAGUAAAAUAUUGCUUUAAACUAAUAAUUUAAAUAUAAAGAUAUGUCAAAAUUGAGAGGUAUACAGAUGAUUCAGUGAAGAUAUGUCAUGUCUGUGGUUUACCUUUGAUGAUACUUGGUAGAUUGAGAAAAUGUGACUCUCUUCAUCUUUUUUCUGGUGCGAAAUUUAAAAUGGAAAAAAAACCCUUCCAAACACAAUCAAUUAUAACCACAGCCCGGCUACAAAGAAUGUUUUUUAUUUUUUGUAUGUUUUGAAUUUGUGUUUCAGCAAUAGAGCCUAAAUGAUCUAAAUUGUUUUAUUACAACAGAAUUACAUUUUGGUUGAUUGUUUCAGUGUUGAAUCAUUGCUGUAUUUACAGUAUAUGAGCCUGGGAGGGCUGGAGCCAGGGCUAUGCAAUCAUUUCAACCAACAGCUGAGACCCCUAAAUAACCGACACACAUUCAGAAUAUUUUAGGAAAUUCACUUUUCCCCCAUAUCAACUUCUUUUUGAAAUGUCUGUUUUUUUAAUUCUUAGCCUUUUGUUAUCCAACCCAAUAAUCUAUAUAUGAAUGAAAGUCAUAUCAAAUAUCAAUCAAAUAAUGCUAAAAAAAAAUGUAAUUCUACUAGAGUUGCAUAUCAGAGAUCCUUACAUGGAUGUUUGAUUGUCCCACUUUCUAGUCUGAACCAUAUUUGGGGUGAGCUGUACAGGUUAGAGUUCAUGAGAUGGGGAGUCGUGUUCCAGUUCCCACUGUUGUCCAACAGGGGGUGAUGUUUAGUCAGCAAAAAACUGAAUCGUUAAUUGUAAUGCAAUAUAACAGGAAGACAUACACACACGCACACAAACACACACACACAAAGGUAAGCAUUUAUUGUGUGUGUUUUGAGACCAAGAGGAUGCCUGCUGGUUUAGGUUUGAUAUCUGCUAACUCUGAUGAUGAAACAGUGAUGAUGAUGAUGAUGAUGUAAUGUUUUUAUUUGUCCUCUGUUGAAUGCUGUACAGGAAUGCUCUGACAGUGUGUGGGUUCUCCUGUUACAUGUGACAGGGCUGUAUGAGAUGAACUUGAAGAGCAAAAAGACAAGAAUUGAUUUAGGACUGAUCCCAUGUUUUUUUACGUACUGUACAUAGCGAUUCACUUUUUUUUCCAAAUAAAAACGAUUGCUUGUCUCAA